AUGGCAGCCAUCAUAUGGCAGCUGGAUUUCCUUGUACACAGACGGCCCGCUCUCAGCCGCCUCCUGCAACAGCACUCAGAUGUCAACAAUCGUAUCGGGACUCAAAGCUCACUAGUGGAGCAAGCAAAGGAGGUGGUCUCCUACCUACGUAAUAACCGGGAUAUUGAUGUGAAUCAAGACUGGAAGUUGGUGCUUGUCGUACUUCGGGUGGAUCAGCUCUGCGCCUGCCAGCAGCAGCAGGCCGCAUCUGCUGUCAAAGCAGCGGUCGAAGAGGUGGAUGAGAUCCUGCAGCUGCUGCACUCUCAGUUGAAACGGACCAUUGUCAGUGUCACUUUAUGGGAUGGAGAGCUCCAGAGCAGCAAAUGUUCAUGUGAGGAAACGAGCACUGAAGGGGAGCUCAGAUUUCAGAGGGCCAUGCUGACUCAAGCUUUGCAGGAGUCGUUGGAUGAGCUCUUGGUGCAGAAGCAGUGGUACAGCGACAGAGACGACUUCACCGUGACUCUGCAGGACGUCCCCCUGAUCACAGAGCCAGUGUCUUUAAUUAGCGGACAGCCUCUCUCCAAGUCCGGAGCUUCACAGCACGCCAGCAGGCUGACCCUGCGGAUGUGGACAAACCUGCUGCAGCCCACGGUCGGUCAACAAGAAACAGAGAACAAUGGAGAGAUCCUCUCACUGCCGUGUCCGAGCGAGGACCGACCCUUCCUCCGGACCGAGGGAAACUCUCCUUCGUAUCACCGCAGCAACGAUUCUUCUUCCGCCGACUCACUCACAGGAACUGAGAUGCCAUGCACUGACUUCAGCCCCUCUCCCUCCAUACCCACCUCAGUCCAUGAACUGACGCCUGCAGAUAUCAAAGUUGUGGCUGCUGUGGGAGAUUCUUUAACAGCAGGGAACGGCAUCGCGUCCAGCCAGUCAAACAUCCUGGAUGUCCUGACUCAGUACAGAGGUCUAUCCUGGAGUGUUGGAGGAGACGGGAACCUCACCACUGUCACCACUCUGCCCAAUAUCUUGAAAUAUUUCAACCCAAACCUGACGGGCUACUCUGUCAGGACGGGAGGAGCCACCACUCCUGACGCCUUCUUCAACCAGGCUGUUCCAGGAUCCAAGAGCAGGGACGUACCAUCGCAGGUAGAAGCUCUGGUUCAACGGAUGAAGGCUGACUCCAGAAUCAACUUUGAGCUGGACUGGAAGGUGAUCACCCUCUUCAUCGGUGGAAAUGACAUGUGCGACCACUGCUACAACUCAUUGCUCCACUCGGUGGAAAAUUAUCGCAAAAAUGUUCGUGACAGCUUGGAUUAUCUUCACAAAGAGGUGCCCCGGGCUCUGGUGAACCUGGUGGAGGUUCUCUAUAUAUCACCACUCAGAGAAAUGCACUUGGAGACAUCACUUAAUUGCCCCACCUGGCUGGUCAAUUACAUGUGUCCCUGCGUUAUCCUGCCAGAGGCCGACUCUAAAGCCCUUCAAAUGGUGGAAGAAUUGAACAGAAAAUAUCAGGAAACGCUGCAUGAGCUUGUGGAGUCCGGCCGCUAUGACACGAGCCCAGAUUUCACCGUGGUCAUCCAGCCUUUCUUCAGAGACGUGGUCGUCCCCAGACUGGAGGAUGGACGUCCGGAUCGCUCCUACUUCAGUGCUGACUGUUUCCACCUCAGUCAGAAAGCGCAAACCCUGAUGGCUCGCUCACUCUGGAACAACAUGCUGGAGCCUCUCGGCAGUAAAACAGCAAAACACGAUUUCAGUGCAACCGUUGGCUUGAAAUGCCCAACCAAGUCUUCACCUUAUAUUAGCACCUAUAUAAACAGCAAUUACACAUAUUCUGGACCCAGCCCGACACCUGCACCUGUUCCAAAUUUUGGAAGUGAAUUCUCCUGUUCAAAUCUGAAUGAAUCAGACACUGUGCCAACUUCAGUCCACAAGCUGAGACCAGCAGACAUUAAAGUGGUGGCGGCGCUGGGAGACUACAUCACAGCAGGCACCGGUUCUAAAGCACCAAGCUGGAAUUUCCUGAACCGGGACUACCGAGGAGUAUCAUGGAGCAUUGGAGGGGACAACACUCUGGACACUGUCACAACACUACCAAACAUUUUAAAGAAGUUCAACCCCCUCCUAAAAGGCUUCUCUAAAGGAACUGGGUCAAACCAGAGGGCCUUCAACAUGGCUGAAGCCGGAGCUAAGACUUCAGACAUCCCAGGACAAGUCCAAGCUCUUAUCGAGGCCAUGAGAGCAGACGUGGAGGUGAAUUUUGAAACGGACUGGAAACUUGUGACAGUUUUUAUCGGAGGAACUGAUCUUUGUCACUACUGCUUGGACCAAGAUAACCUGUCACCCAGCAACUACAGCCAUAACCUCAUGCUGGCCUUGGACAUACUUUACCGAGAGGUGCCUCGAGUGUUGGUUAAUGUUGUGGAGGUGAUGGAGAUGGAGGUGUUGAGGCCAAUCACCAGGAACACGCUGGCCUGUGCACUCCUGCCAAGGAGCAGUUGUCCCUGUGUGAUCAACCCAUCGGAAAACUCUCCAGAGUUUGAGGAGAUUAAGAGAAUUAAUUAUAAGUACCAGGCUGAGAUCCAGAACCUGCUUUCUGGAGACCGCUAUGAUGGAAAAGAGGACUUUGCUGUUGUACUUCAGCCAUUUUUACAAAACUCCAUCAUCCCUUCUGUUGGUGUAGGUGAGCCGGAUACGACUCUGUUCGCUUUGGACUGUUUCCACAUGAGUCAGCGGGCACAGGAAGAGUUGGCCAUAGCUCUGUGGAAUAACAUGCUGGAGCCGGUGGGCCAGAAACAGACUUACAACAACUUCACACGCGACCGCUCCAAGAUCAGCUGUCCGUCUGAGGCCAGUCCUUACAUUUUCACCAAGGUCAACAGUCAGUCAAGUCCUCCAGUCUUCCAGACCACCCCUCCACCUGUGCUUACUCCUGAAAUCCUGACUCUCCCGAAUCCUGAACUGACCACCAGAGAUGCCAAUUGCCCCGAAACUUUGCCCGUGUGGGCGACGGUGGUUGUGGGAGUAGGGAGUUUACUGGGCUGA